GCGGGUCUUAUUAUUCGCGGCGAUCCUUGUCAGUUCGACUCUCGGCUUUCCGCGGGACAGCGCUAGCUCUCGCUCGGCGCACCUACGUUUAUUAUCAUGUUUUGGUAAGCAGGCGGGUCAGUGCGCGACACACAUACACACGCACACUCACACAGAUGUCUAGUGCGCUGUGUGUAGGCGAAUGAGAAUAAGUAUACAACGGCCACUACUCUUGCUUCAGAAGAAACGAGUCGUCGCGUGGAACCGUCGACGACCAUACAGCGUGCAUAAUAUAAUAAAACGCACAGGGAGAACGUGUGUAACACCUCUAGCCAUUAGCCGCGAUCAUGCAGGAAAAGGGACAGAGCGACAGGCUCGAGCCGGCGGAACUGGUGGGCUUGGUGGCGCGUUCGGCCGAGGGAACCGCCGCCAAGGGCAUGCCGAUCAAGGGCCACGAGGAUCUCUGGGUCGACAUCCAGGCGAACACCUUCAGGAACUGGGUGAACGAGCAUCUCAAGCAGUCGGACAGAGGACGGGAGUGCGGACCGGUGCUCGACUUGGCCGACGACUUUAGGGACGGCACGAGGCUCUGCGCGCUCGUCGAGAUACUCACCUGCAAGCGGCUGGCUAAGUGGAAUCCCAACCCGGUCAACCAGCAUCACUACCUCGAGAACGUAUCCACUGCGCUCAAGGCCGUCGAGGCCGACGGGGUCAAGCUCGUUAAUAUCGGCAAUGUGGACAUCGUCAACGGUAACCUCAAGCUGAUUCUCGGUUUAAUAUGGUCACUCAUUGUCAGAUACCAAAUAGGCAAGUCCAAAUUCCCACCGAGGAAACUCAUGCUCUCGUGGCUCAAGGCGGUUCUACCAGAAUGCAGAGUGAACAAUUUCACGACGGACUGGAAUUCCGGUGUUUAUCUGAGCGCACUGCUAAAUUACUGCAAACCUGGACUCUUCCCGCACUGGCGUCAACUUGAUCCCAAUGACAGCGUCUACAAUUGUCGGAAAGCUAUGGAGAUAUCAAAACGAGAAUUCGACAUUCCCAUGGUUCUGCAGCCCGAGUAUCUCGCUUCCCCGUAUUUGGAUGAGUUGUCCGGUAUGACUUACUUGUCGUAUUUUAUGAAGGAAGGCUCGCCGGGUUUUCACUCUACACUUCGAUGGGUUAAUUCUCAACUUCCACACAGUCCAGUCAGAAAUUUUACAACAGACUGGAACGACGGCAGAGCGCUCUGCAGCAUCGUUAGAAAUUUGGGAGGACCUGCUCCAGCCUACGAUAAAAUUGACACGAGCCCGUUAUCAUGGGAACAUAAUUUACAAAUGGGUAUUGACGGAGGAAAAAAAUUGGGUGUAGAACCAUUGUUGAAAGCAAAGGACAUGGCAGAUCAAAACGUCGAACAUCUUGGUGUCAUGGCCUAUGCAGCUUAUUUUCAGUGGGUCAAACCUCGGCCGCAAGUGAGUGAACAAGUUGCCGUACAUAUCGACAGCACGUCAGCAAGAGUUCACCAACCAGCCUACUUUAAACUGGAAUUAUUAUCCAAAGAGGUUAAUACGAGAGACGUUCGUGGUGAGGUAAUCGGCCCCAGCGGUUGCAUGGAAUGCAGACUGUCGUGGAAUGGAGCUCAUGGGAAAGGAACUUUCGUUCCAACUGAAGUCGGAAUGCAUAAAUUGAUGGUGUACAAUGAUGGCGAACUGUUGAAUGGAUGUCCUUAUUAUUUCCGAGUUCAUCCUCCGCUUACCAAAAUCAAAUCACCAGGCAUGGACCCCUGCGCAAUAGGAUCCAUUGUCGAAGUUCUAGUCAAUAGCUAUGGAACUAGUCAAGAGGGCAUCAAUGUCACGGCAUGGUCGCCAGCAGGUCGUGCCUUGAGUUGUCCAGUGAGGGAAAAUGACGGAGUGCACGUAGCUACAUUCCAACCGGACGAAACCGGCGAGUGGAGUAUAGCCAUCACACAUAAGGGCGCGCACAUACAGGGUGGCCCGUUUACCUGUUUUGUCUUCGACCCUAAUGGAGUUCAACUGCACGACUUGGACGGCGCGAUACCAGGCCAGUCGUUUGCCUUCACCGUCGAUGCCACCAGCACAGGUGGCCUCGGUGACAUUGUCAUUGACAUCGUCCAUGAUAAACAGUCCGUUCCUCACUUCAUUCAAGAGUUGUCACACAUGAACUACCGUGUCUCAUUCGUGCCACGCGAUCUCGGAAAGUAUCGAGUCUACGUAUACUUUAAUGGUUCAGAUGUUCGAGGUUCGCCUUUUUCACUUCGAGUCGGAACUUCGCGAGGCUCUCGGCGCUCCAGGGAGUCAUCCCAUGCAGGUAGUUUGGAAAGAUCUAACAUCGCAUCUUUGGAGCGAAAGAGAAAUGGACAUCAUACUCCGGAUAAUGGUUCUACUCCCACUGCCCUGAGAUCUCCGGUGUACAAAAGUCCCUCGCCAUCUUCUUACACAAGUACCUAUAACAAAACUUUCGACAGAGUGAAUAAUCAUCAUUCAUCGACAAAAAAUUCGCACAGUCCGCCAUUGAUCAACGAGAGGAAGGAUACAUAUGCUACCAAUAUGUAUAAUCAACUCCACAAUAAAUCACCUACUUGGUCUAGUCCGAACUUUUAUGAUCGAUCUAAAUCACCCAGUAUGAGUCCUAAACCCGGAGAUCAAGAUCACCACAAAUUCCAUAGCAAUAGGCGGGGAUCGACCGAGAAUGGCAUUAUAGAUACGAGCAGUAAUGUUAAAGUGUCAUCGAUGGUUGGAGGUUCAGCGAGGCGUGACUCUUGGGAUGCAAUAGCAAAAACGAAGUCGCUUCUUUCCUCCAACAGCCUUGAAUCUCUUGCGAACCUGGCAAACGAUUCUUUGACUAUCGAUAAUACGAAGUCGACGACCACGAAUAAUGUCAAUGAACAGAUAACCGAGAACUAUACUCAGAACUCAUCUUCAAAUUAUUCUUCGUUAAAAAAGUUUUCUAGUUCUGAAUAUAAUUAUUCGCCCAAAGUGAAUAAUGACUCCUUGUCUAACUCACGAGGGAUUUUGAAAAAUAAAGUUCAUAGUACGUUAGGAUUGGAUACCACUGAUACGAUGGGUAGGUCUGCAGCUGCAGAAUCAUCGGCUACGACAACGACGACGUCAACGACGACAACGAUGAAGACGAUACAAGAAAAACAGCAAUAUCUUAAUAGCGAUUCUUCAUUUUUGCGUAAUUCAUUCGGCCAUGAUAAGUUGGUGUCUGGAAGUGCAUUAGAAAUGCUAGCGAUUCAUCGACCAACUUCCUUCAUCCUUGAUAGUAGCUUGGAGGCAAGCAAAAUAGCUGUUAUAGUUACUGGACCAAAUGGCAGACCUGUGCCUGUGCAAAAGUCGACUCUUCAAGGCCAAACUUACACUGUAACAGCAGAUCAAGUUGGAGAACAUACUAUUCAAAUUCUCUACAAUGGAAAACAUAUCAAGGGUUCACCAUUUAGGUCUCAAGCUUAUAAUUCUAAAGCUAUUCAAGUUGGAAGCAUUCCUAAUGGCGUAGUUAACGAACCCGUGGAAUUUGAAAUCGACGGCUCGAGAGCAGGCUCCGGUAAUUUGGAGAUACUCGUGAAUGGCGGACACGUCACAAGUUUCGUGAGGACGCUCAGCAGUCAAAGAUUUUUGGCAUCGUUCGUGCCUCACGAGGCCGUCACACACUUGGUCGAGAUGACUUUCAACGGCGAGUCUGUACCCGGAUCACCGUGGAAGGUCGGCAUAAUGCCGAGCCCCAAGAUGUCAGUGGUCGGGGACUCGGUCAGGCUCGUCCCAGCUGGUAGUCCCGCCGUCUUCGAGCUCUCGGCCCUCGGUUUCAGCAGCAACGAGAUCCAAGUCCAAAUUCUGACGCCAUCGAAGCGACAGAUCGGCGCGCGUAUCGACGAGGAGCCCAGUCGUACCGGCGAGUUCCGAGUGUCGUUUACGCCGCAGGAGGUCGGCAGUCACUUGGUCGAGGUGAGCAUAGCCGGACAGAAGUUACCGGCUGGGCCACUCGUCGCCAAGGUCUACAACAGCAGCCUCAUUCAGGUUACCGAGGUGCCGAGCGCCGUUGUUGGCCAUGCCUGCCAAUUCAGAGUGGAUGCAAGCGCGGCGGGCGAGGGCCAGCUGGAGAUCUCGAUAAACGAGGGCGAGGUGCCGAACCACGUGCAGGUCGUGGGCGGCGGUCGCUGCCUGGUCUCCUUCACACCGGAGGCGGCCAAGCCUCACUACAUCGACAUCAAGUUCAACGGCGAGCCAGUCCCCGGCUGUCCAUUCGUCUGCCACGUGUCGGACACGAGUCGCGUCAGCCUCGAACUCGCUCAUCUCGAGCUGCUCCCGGUCUCGGAGCCCGCGAGCUUCCACAUGGCCGUCGACGGCAGCGGCAGCGCCGAGCUCGCCGUCUCCGUGCGCGGCCCCUCGAGCGAGCUGCCCGUCAAGGUCACCGGCGACAUCCACACGGGCUUCACGGCCGAGUUCACGCCGCGCGAGGUCGGCGUCCACGCGGUCAGCGUCGAGUACAACGGUCACCCGGUCAACGGCACGCCCUUCCUCGCCAAGGCCUUCGACGCGGAGCGAGUCGUCAUCGGGCCCGUGGGCCGGGCCAGCGUCGGUCAGGCCCAGCACUUUAACGUCGACGCCUCCCAGGCCGGCGAGGGCAAUCUCGAGAUCACGAUAUCCGCGCGCGGUCAGAACAUUCCUACUCAGGUGACGCCCCAGGGCAACGCGCGCUUCUCCGUGGGCUUCGUGCCGUUCGAAGCCUGCGAGCACAUGAUCAACAUCGCGUUCAACAAGCGCACCGUGCCGGGCUGCCCGAUAAUCGCGCGGGUAGCCCCGGACGCUCACGUCACGGUCAGUGGACAAGCGCUCAGCAGCGCACCCCUGGGCAGACAGAGCGCGCUCACACUCAGCAACGUCGCCGGUAGCUUGGAAGACUUGGAAGUUAACGUUGAAGGACCCAAUGGACAGGCCGUACCGGCCCAGGUCACUGACAACAAAGACACGACGUGCACGGUGGCGUUCACGCCGAGGAUCGUCGGCGAGCACCGGAUCUCGGUCAGUCAUCGCAAUCUGCCAGUCCUCGGCAGUCCGUUCAGCUGCAAGGUUUACGACGUGUCCGCCAUUAAGGUCAAGGAUGCCAAGAAGGGUGUCAUCGGAUUGCCCGUCACUUUUCUCGUGGAAACAAGCCAAGCUGGACCAGGAAAUUUGGAGGUGACGGUGAACGGCGGUCGAGUGCCAACUUCCGCCCAGGCUCAAGGACCACACACGUAUGCCAUCUCGUUCACGCCACGCGAGCCUACCAUUCACACGGUCGACUUGCGCUUCAACGGAGAAGAUGUUCCCGGUAGUCCGUUCACUUGCCAGGUAACUGAUACUGCUAAAGUCAUCGUUACCGAAGCCUUGGAGAAGGUAUCCGUUAACAGAGUUGCUAGCUUUGUCAUCGAAGCCGAUUCGACGCCGACGGUUGAUGUUCUCGCUCCUACGCGAGAGAGUUUACCCGUGGAAAUCGAGCAAAUCGGAUCUGGAUCUUACUCUGCCGGCUUUACUCCUAAGGAUGUUGGUGACCAUAGCGUACAAGUAAAAUUAAACGGAGCUCAUUUGCAAGGUAGUCCCUUUCUUGUCAAAGCUUAUAAUGCAGAUCAAGUGAAAGUCACUGACAUCAACAGCGGAGUCGUCGGCAAGCCUGUGUUCUUCAGCAUCAACGCUAGUCAAGCUGGAGCGGGAAAUUUGGAGAUCAUCGUCGCAGUCAACGGCAAGAAUGUGCCCAACUUCGUGCAGAGUGAGGGCAACGCCAAGUUCCGGGUGAAUUUCAAACCCCAGGAGGCUGCCCUUCAUAGCUUGAGCGUGCGUUUUAACGGAGAGCCAGUGCCGGGAUCUCCGUUCACCUGCCAAGUUCUCGGUGCUGGACAGGCCCUUAUUUCGGGUCACAAUCUAAAGAUGGCUGCGGUCAAGCAGCCCAUAAGCUUUACCAUCGAUCCGCAAGCUUCAUCGAGUAAGUGUGACGUUAUCGUCACACCGCCUUCGAACAUCGCUCUGCCGAUCACCAUAGAGCCACAAGAUCUCAAGUAUAAGAUCACAUUCACGCCCACUGAAGUUGGACGGCACAACGUAAGCGUACUCGUCGAUGGUGAGUCGAUCAAAGGCUCGCCAUUCGCCUGCAAUGUGUACGACGUCACUAAGAUACAUGUAUCUGGUUUGAGCGAAGCCUUCUUAGGUCAAGCAACAACUUUCACAGUGGAUGCAGCUCAAGCUGGAGAAGGUACGCUUGAGCUCGUUGUGAGCACCGAAAACAAUACUGUCAAAGCUGAAGUGGUAGCGUGCGCUCGAGGCUUGUACGACGUGACUUUUGUGCCUCAAACGUCAAGCACGCAUUACGUGAAUAUCAGUUUCAACGACGAUAAUGUACCAGGGAGUCCCUUCAAAUGUCCAGUCAUUGGAAGCAUUUUAGAUGGCCCUUCAAUGAUCAGGGUGGGAAAUACCGCUUUUAUGGAUUUGGAUAUGGUCGGAUUAAGUGGACCAAUAACUGCUGAAGUAACAGGUCCCGACGGAAUAAUCAUUCCUUGUAAUAUGACAAAAAUUGAUUCUAAUUUACAUCGUGUAGAAAUUAAAACGAGGAAUGUCGGAACGUACAAUGUUGUUUUUAGUCAGGGUUCCAAAAUCAUUAGUUCACAAUCUCUUCAAGCUUUUGACCCUACCAAGGUUGUAAUACAAGAAGUGUCCGAUGCAGUAUGUCAUCGUCCAGGAACUAUUUUCGUUGUUGCACCGAAGGAAGCUGGUCCCGGAAAGCUCACAGUUAGCGUUCGUUCCGGAGGUGCUGAAGUCGACAGCCUAGUUCGAGAAAAAGACAAUGGAAUCUAUGAAAUCAUUUUCCAUCCAACCAGGACGGCGCCUCAUCGAGUUCAUAUAAAAUACAACGAUGUAUAUAUACAAGGAAGCCCUCUUGAAGUAGCAGUGCGAGGCCCGACAGGAGGACGAGAAGUCACUGCCACUGGAUUGGGUCUGUAUCAAUCCUGUAUUGGCAAGGUCACGUCAUUUUCUAUUGAAACACUCGGACGUCCAGGAAAGGAAUUUGACGUUGUUAUAAGUAGUCCACAAGGUAAUGCAGUACCAGUUCGCUGUUAUCAGCAUCGUGACGGAAACUUAUUAGCCGAGUUUACAACGAAUUCUGUUGGAACAUAUAAAAUUGAUGUUCUGCACGGAGCUAAGCCUGUAUUAGGUUCGCCAUUUUUCUGCCAAGCAUUUGAUGCAAGUAAAAUUAAGCUUCAAGAACUGGGACCUACAACUGUAUCUGUUCAUGAUCAUUUUGCCCUAAAAAUUAUCAAAGCAGAAGCGGGAGUAGCAGAGCUGGACGUAGCAGCGACUAGUCCGUUGGGUCAAGAGCUGGCCAUGCAAGUAAGACCGCUCAACGAUGGAGCAGAAAUGAUUGAGUUCUCACCCAGCGUCGCUGGAUCAUAUGUCAUCAACGUCAGCUACGGGGGCUGUACGGUACCUGGCAGUCCCGUUGUAGUUGUAGCUGAGGCCGCUGGUCAGGCGCGUGCCAAGGGCCAGGGUUUAAUUCAGGGUCAUGUUGGUAAACCAGCCCAUUUUCUCGUUACGGGCAGCAGAAGUCCACCCGCUGUGCAAGUCGACGGCCCUGAUAGCGUUGCCAAGCCUACUGUGGAAGCUGGGCCUAAUCCUGGAACCUGGAACGUUUCAUACGUGCCUACUGAACCUGGACUCUUUGAUGUUAGAGUCGUUUGCGCAGGGCAACAGCUUCCCGGUUCACCUUGGCAUCCGAGAAUUAUUGACACUCGCAAUCUUCGCGUUAUUGGUGGAUGGAGUGCACUUUGUGAUGAGCUUGGACGUUUAAAGAUUGCGCCUGGUAACAAAAUUAGUUUUGAUACCUCCGAAGCUGGACCUGGAGAGUUAAGUGGACGAAUUGACGAUCAACCACUGAAAUUUGAGAUGACAACGAAUAACAGACUGAAAUUAAUUAUACCUCAGUUAGCUGCUGGAGAACAUGGAAUGGAAAUUCUAUUUAAUGCUGUUCCCUUCCCUGGCGCACCAAAACUAGCCAUCGCCCCAGAACUAGAAUCUUCCAUGUCACAGGAUACAAGUAGGGUAAUGUUAAGAGGCAGAGGCUUGACAGCAGCUAAGUGCGGAGAACAAGUCAGCUUUACCAUUGACGGUUCGCAAGCUGGUACAGGAACGCCACAAGUUCAAAUAUUCUCACCUACAAGUGAAGUAGACGUAUCCAUACAACAUUUAGGAAACAAUGUUUAUCGAGCUAGUUACACACCAUUUACGCCGGAACCUUUGCUAAUGACAGUUUCAUGGAAUGGUCGGCAACUAAAAGGAUGCCCGUUACAAAUAAGCGUAUCUAGUGCAGCUGAUGCUACUCGCGUAGUCUGUUCCGGUCAAGGGUUAAAAUAUGGCGUUGUUGGACAGGAAAUAAGAAGUUUUAUAGACACAAGACGAGCAGGGCCAGGCGAAUUGACAGCUCACUGUGUCGGGCCGCAUAAGGUGGCCUACUGUGAAUUAUACGAUCAUGGUGAUGCGACUUUCACACUUAACGUCAAACCGCAAGAACCAGGAAGGCAUGCUUUAACUAUCAAAUAUGCUGGAGAACAUGUAACAGGGUCACCAUUUACGUUAAAGGUUUCCGGUGCGCCUGAUGCAUCUAAGGUAAGAGUUUACGGCCCUGGAAUAGAGCAUGGCGUAUUGGCGACUUUCCAGUCGCGAUUUAUCUGUGACACAAGGGGGGCUGGAGCUGGUCAAUUAACAGUGAGAGUACGAGGUCCAAAGGGUGCAUUCCGAGUUGAGAUGCAGCGAGAAACUCAAAAAGACAGAAUAAUUUUAUGUCGCUACGAUCCGACUGAACCAGGAGAUUAUCGCGUUGAAGUCCGGUGGGCAGGAGUGCUUGUUCCAGGUUCACCUUUUCCCGUUAAAAUAGUCGAUACCCAAGAUGAAUUAUUAAUGUUAACACAAGGCACUGACACUUGUACAACAGGCCAUCACACUAUCACGUCAUGGCGAGGAUCCCAAGCGAUCUUAUAAGGACAUUAGUACAAUAUUGUUACUAUGCCACAGAAAAACUAAUAAUAUAUAUUUUAUCAACUUGUAUAAACGUUUAUAAUAAAAAUGAAUAUCGUGAAAAUGUA